AUGUCUGAACACGCGCCAGAGACGCAGCCUGCCGGCCAAGGCUCGCCCACCGCCACCGAGGGCACCCCAGCCGCCAGCGACGACGUCGCCACGCCCCUCUCCCGCGACGAAGAUCCCAAGUCCAUACGGGUCUCGCUCGCCGACCUGAGCGCCAAAGGCACCGCGCUAUACGCGCAAAGGCAGUACGAAGAUGCCACCGACAUCUUUUCCCGCGCGAGCGUCCUCCAGGCCGAGCUGAACGGCGAGACCGCUCCCGAAAACGCCGAAAUUCUCUUCCACUACGGCCGCAGUCUUUUCAAGGUCGGGCAGAGCAAAAGCGACGUGCUCGGCGGCCCCGCUGCCGCCGACAGCAAGGACAAGAAGACGGCGGGUUUCCCAAAAAGCGCCAGCGCCAGCGCCAGCGCCAACUCCGCUGCUGCUGCUGCCGCGCGCGCCGGAGAGACGGAGGCGCAGAAGGAGACGCAAGACGGCUUGGCUAUUCCUGCUCAACAGUCAAAGGAUGCCGGGAGCAAGGGCGCCAGCGAGGGCACCAGCGAGGGCGUGCGUGAUGAGAAGAAGCUGCUGUUUCAGUUUACUGGCGAUGAGAAUUUCGACGACUCAUCAGAUGAGCAGGAGGAAGAAGCGGCAGAGGAGGAGCAGGAGGACGACCUUGCCACGGCAUUUGAAAUCCUCGACCUCGCUCGCGUUUGCUACCAGAAGCAAUUGGACCACUUGCACAGCCAGGAUGACGAAGCGGCAAAGGGCAAACAAGUUGCUACCGACUCCCCCGCAGUCAGGCACAUCAAGGAGCGCCUGGCGGAUACACACGACUGUCUGGCCGAGAUUUCCUUGGAAAACGAGAGAUACCUCAACGCCAUCGAAGACGGCCGCACCUCCCUCAACUACAAGCUCCAACUGUACCCCGAGGACUCGGAAAUCAUCGCCGAGGCGCACUACAAGCUCUCUCUCGCCCUGGAGUUCGCCUCGGUAACCAUGUCCAGCGACGACGGCCAAAACACCAAGCGCGAGGCAAUGGACCAGGGCCUCCGCGACGAAGCCAUCAAGGAGAUGGAGCUCGCCAUCAAGAGCUUCAAGCUCAAGAUGCAAAACAAGGAAGUCGAAGUCGCCACCAUGGCCUCCCCCGAGGACAACGAACUGGCCCGCAAGGCCAUAGCCGAUAUGAAGGAAGUCGUCGCCGACAUGGAACAACGACUGGUCGAUCUGCGAAAGGAUCCAAUCGACGCGGCUGGUCUUCUCGGGCCCCAGGCCAACGUCCUAGGCGGCAUCUUUGGCGCCCUGGGCGCAUCCUCGGCCGACACGCUGGCCCGCGUCGAAGAAGCCAAGAAGACGGCGACCGACCUGACGGGCCUGGUGCGCAAGAAGAAGCCCGCGGGGGGUGAUCAGACCCCUACACCCGGCUUGGCUGCGCCCGCGGCGAACGGCAAGAGGAAAGCCGGCGACGACUCUCCGGAUGCGGCCGAGUCGCCCAAGAAGCCCAAGGUGGACGAGUCGGAGCCAGCGACAGCUUCGGACAAGGCGAAAGAGUAG